AUGUCGCGCCAGAAUCACCUGGAGAUGUCCAGUUUUGACUCUCUUUCCCUCGAUAGGGAUCCCUGGUUAAGAGAGGUACAGCCCCCAAAGAAAGUCUGCAGCAAAGGAAUAUGGACAGCUCUUGGCCACUUGACUCUCUUCCAUCUGCCAGCUGUCGCAAUCACCCUGGCAAUCCUCGCCCUCUACAUCGCCCAAGUCCGCUGGCCUCAUCCUACCGUCGAGCAACUGAGCAUUCUCCAAUUCGUGGCAAAGGGCCACGAGAUUCUCAUCUUGGUAUCUCUAGCUGAUGUCCUAAUGUAUCGGGUUUACUACGGCCUCUUGGUUGACAAGAAUGGCGUUCCCCUUGGCUUUCUCUCGUCGCCCUUUCAGCUCGGUGCCCCGAUCCUCUACCUCUUUAGUUGGGAGCUAUGGUCUGCUAUAUUGCAGCCGAGAGCUAACCACUCGCGAGGAAGACCCCGAAUUACUGGCUUCAUCAUCAUCGUUGUCAUUCUUCUCUCUCUCGCUGCUGCUCCUUUGUCUGCCAUCGCAAUCAUCCCACGCGAAGGGUGGCAACAAGUCCACCUACAGCCAAAAAAGGAGGAAAUCAUCACAUACGUGAGGGCCCAGCUAUACGAGACGGACCUGGACUCCAAGCAUGUUGAGCUAUAUGAAGUCUUCGCAACUUCCAGUUCGCGACGGAUGGCCAACUUUACGUAUACCAACUAUAACCUCGACACCCCGGGGAGCCGUCUCAUCUCGCUCACCAUGGACUUUGAGGACCUAGAGUCGAGCUCAAUAGCCAUUGCUACAACUCCCAUGAGCGCCGUGGCUGAUCAGCUUGAUCGAUACUGGAGGGAGAAGCCAACCGAUGUUCUCACCAAGUCUUAUCGAACGGCUGUGAAUUCUUCAGAAGUGCAGAGAUGGAAACAGCCUCUAAUUGCUGUGGAGUGCUCGCCUAACAAAACAGCGGGAUCACAAGCAAGUUUUAGUUUUCAGUCCAACAUUACCAACAACAAUGUUCUUCUCGACGCGGACAAAGACUCUGGCUUCAAGAAGUUACUCAAAGUCGCCCGAAGGAAGAAGUCACCCCAGCUCGGUUAUCAGAUCGUCGAUCUCCCAGACAGCAAAACCUCUUCCAUCAGUGCGGCUAUGGGUGAGGAGGAGGGACUUCUCGAGCUGGAGCUAUGCCGCAUCCAUGCUCGCUGGGAAGAGGCCGACGUCUGGGUUGAGGAGGGGAAGUCGAGUAAUGUGCAGAGCCAGCUCGACUCGCCUCUGUUCAGGUUCUCUCACCACUUUGGAGACUCUGCCAAAGCUGGUGACACCAUCAAAAUGAAGGAAGAAUGGUUGACGGCCCUAGGAGAGCGAAUAGGCCUGGACGGUGGCUUCUCUAAUGAGACAAACUCGACAUAUCAGCAGAUACGCGACUUUUGUUAUUCCGGCAUCGUGUACAGUUUAUCUUCUGACUGUCUUCACAUUACCCUAGCAGCGCAUUUGACGGAUGCAUUGUCUCAGACAGGUCCUACAUAUGGCUUCAGUGAAGGCAAUGGAAUGGAGUAUCCCACUGACUCACCACCGGAUCAUAACGACACUAUUAUACAUCAAACCUACUUCUUGGGAGGGCACGUCUAUGACUUCAAGACAAGCAGGACCAUUCCGUUUGCUUUCUCGGUGCUUCUUUUACACGUUCUUGUCGUCCUCGUCCACGUGGUAACAGUACUUUUAUCACGGCACCCAUGGCAUGUAUCUAGCUGGUCAAGCUUUGGACAAAUUCUUGUGCUGGCGCUGCGUUCUAAAGCUUCGGAUGAGCUGGGGAGCGUAGGUGGAGGGGUGGAAAGUUCACAGACGUGGAAUACAACUGCUGCAGUGAGAGUAGUUGGAGACGAGGGACGCAUAGAGAUGAUGCUCCGCCAAAGAAGCAGGGGCACGGGCCAAGAUCAGCAAUUGGAAGAUGGGGGUGACAAUGAGAGAGGUGUGACGCAGGUGCAGCCAGAUAUUAAGUAUCAUUAGGUGGCAGAGCAGGGCGGUGUUUUUGUGAUUUUAUAGAAAUACAGCGUAUUGCUAUCCC